CUCUGGCCUCUCCCCCACCCUCUCCCCCACCUUUCUUUCUCCCAAUUCAUAGCUUAACCAAUACCAAUCUAACCAAUCAAAUUCUCUCAUUUUUGUUCCUAGCUAUUAUCAUAUCAUUCCAUUCCAUAUUCUUCCCCUUUUUCUUUUUUCCCUUUUUAUUUUAUUUUUUUCCGUUUUCCUCCCAGCAAACCACCACUCACGGCGGCGUAGCCCUCGCAAGAAGGAAUCACUCGCCGGAGACAAAAUUCUGACUUUCCGAUGGGCUCGCCGGAGAAUCCCAAUUGGGUCUUCGAUUACAGCUUGAUAGAGGACCUUCCCAUCCCCGGCGGCGGCCUUCCCGCUCUUGACCCUCCCAGUUUCCCUUGGCCUUCUCAUUCUUUCACGCCUCCGACUACUGUCAGUGCGGACUUUGAUGAGUCUUUGGCCAACUCAGAUGGCUUUAAGGAAGCUGGGUGUCGGAAAAGGGUGAGGCCUGGAUCAUGCGGUGCGUCUGGGUCGAAGGCAUGUAGGGAGAAAAUGAGGAGGGACAGACUCAAUGACAGGUUCCUAGAAUUGGGUUCCAUUUCGGAGCCCGGAAGGCCUCCUAAAAUGGACAAGGCUGUCAUAUUGGGUGAUGCUGUUCGAAUGGUGACCCAUUUACGGAUGGAAGCUGAGAAGCUAAAGGAAUCAAAUGAGAAAUUGCAGGAGAAGAUAAACGAACUAAAGGCUGAGAAGAAUGAACUUCGAGAUGAGAAGCAGAGGCUAAAGGCAGAGAAAGAUGUCCUUGAUAAACAAGUAAAAGCCCUGACUACACAACCGAGUUUCCUGCACCCUCCUGCAAUACCACCUCCAUUUCCUGGUCCAGGCCAAGUUGUCGGCGGCAAGCUGAUGCCUUUCGUAGGGUACCCUGGAAUUUCGAUGUGGCAGUUCAUGCCACCGGCUGCUGUUGAUACCUCUCAAGACCAUGUUCUUCGCCCUCCGGUUGCAUAACUUGGCACUUGGCAGGCUUUGUUUGUUUGUUUUUUUUUUUUUUUAGGUCUGCACAUGUGGAGUAGGGAGCCAUUUUCUCUACUUGUAAAUGUGUUUUCUUGGGGGUACUGAUGGUUUAUCUCUGUGAGAAUGAUGAUAGAGGAAUUGGAUACUUUUAUUGGUAGCUGGGGUAACUUGUAUGAGCUGCUGGUCGACAAUUUUGGGAAAUUUGGUUUGCCAAUUUUGAUAAUUGUAUAACAAAUGUUGCUGAGCAUUAUAAAUGUAGAAACAUUUGGAGGGAUUGGUUAGAAUUGUAAUGUAAUAAUCCGACUUUUAUUGUCAUUCACUUUUUCUUUUGCAGAAUGUGAACUUUUAA